AAAAACAACCAACCUCGCCAGACGCCGCCAUGGACUUUGACAAGAUUUUGGAGAAGUGCGGCAAUGCGGGUCGCUAUCAGUACCUUAUGAUUCUGCUGCUCGGCUAUGUCGCCUUCACCACCACCGUGCACUACUACUCCCAGAACAUAAUUGGAUUUGUGCCCCAGCAUUGGUGCUAUCAUGAGGCAUUGGCAAACCGCAGCUUCGAGGAAAUUUCCCAAAUCUAUGCCCCCUUUGGCAAGGAUGCCUCCUGCAUCAAGCUGGACACCGUCGAGGGGGAUAAGGUGACGGUAAGCAAUGAAACCUGUGGGCGCUGGAUGUACAACUAUGACUAUGGUUUCCGUAGCAUGAAUGCAGAGCUCAACUGGGUUUGCCAAGACGCCUACAAGGCCAGAAUCGGUCAGUCCCUGUUCUUCAUUGGCUCCCUGAUGGGCACCUUUACCUUCGGCAUGCUGGGCGACAAAAUAGGACGAGUUAAGGCUGUGAUUUUGGCAAACCAGUGCGGUUUUGUCGGCGAUUUCCUUACCACUUAUGCCACAAAUCUGGUGCAAUUCUCCAUCUUUCGGUGCAUUUCUGGGCUGGCAGCUACGGCAAAUUAUUAUCUGAUGUUUAUUCUGGUGCUAGAAUACCUGGCUCCCAAAUUAAGGAACUUGGCCAUCAGUGGAACUCUGGGAAUUUGUUUUUGCUUGGGUGCCUUGGUGGCACCCUGGCUGUCUGUUUUGUUGGGCAACUGGCGAAUCUAUUUGACCUGCUCGGCUUUGCUCCAAUUAGUGGUUGCCCUGUUCUAUUUUGUGGUACAGGAGAGUGCCCAGUGGCUGAUUACAAGGACCAAUGUGGAAGGAGCCAUUGCCAGGCUGAAGCACAUUGCACAUUUCAAUGGCAGGGAAGUUACAGCUUCGGAUUUUGAGGCUUUUCGCAGACACUGCAUUGUCAAGAGGAAAUUAUCCAAUCAACCAGAAGCCACAGCUGGAUUCUUUGAUUUGUUAAGGACCCCAAAUCUUCGCAGGACUUCACUGCUGGUGGUUAUGACGUUCAUGCUGACCUCCUUAAGCUUCAAUACCAUAUCCCGGAACGUGGAAGGUCUGGGGAUGUCACCUUUUGUGGUGUUCUCCUUAUUUGCCGUAGCCGUGCCACCUUCGGGACUUAUUCAAGGCCUCCUGCAGAGCCGGGUGGGACGCAAGGCCACUGCUUUUCUGGCCAUGGUCUGCACCGGAGUUCUUUCCUGUGCCCUUGGCGUGGCCUUGUCCUCGGAAGGAGCCCAGCACAAUGUCACCCUCCUGCUGUCCUUCGCCUUGCCGAUGCGAUUGGGCAUCUCCAUGUGCUACACAGUCACCUCCCAGUUCUCUUCGGAACUGCUGCCGACAUGUGUACGCUCCCGUGGUAUUGCUGCAGUGCAUCUUGCCGCAGCGGGGGCAUCCUUUCUUUCCCCCUACCUCAUUCAUCUGGGCACCAAGUUGGCGGCGGCUCCCUCUCUCAUCCUGGCCUUGCUUUUGCUCUCAGCCUCCGUUUGCACGCUUCUGUUACCGGAAACAAACAAUAGGAAACUACCCAUCACCUUGGCGGACGGUGAGGCCUUUGGCAAGGACGAGUCCAUCUGGGCUUUCGACUGUUGGCGCCGGCACGAUGAUGAUGUGUCCAAAGAGCCGGCAGAAGAAAUCAAACUGCACCAAUUAAACGGAAAUGGCCAAUCCGUCAGCAAGCCGGAGCCGGGACCGGAAGUGUGAAGAGAGUGCACUCGGCCAAAGUAUUUCCCCCAAAGACUUUCAAACGAUGUCCAUCAAGAUAUCGGAUCAAACCAAAAAAAGGAAAAGACAGACACCAGAGUUGCGAAAGUUGUCAAUAGAUGAAGUUUGCUUUAUUUGAUUGAUUCACGGUUGUUCACAAAUCGUAACACAAUUUUAACCUGGCAACUAGCAUUGAGCCAAUUAUUUUUGAGUUCAUUCAACUUGUUGUAAUCGUGUAUUGGUAUUGUUUGUUGUUGUAAUAAGUACUUACUUGUAAGUAAAAGGUUCAUAAGUA